GCGUCGCUCCAUCGUGCGGUCGCUUCGAAUGACGGCUCGCAUGGGGCAACCACGUGUACGCAUCUUGGCAAAAGAUUUUCAAGAUAGACGGUGGAGAUGAUCGGGUGGUUUUACAUAAAUGGAAGGGGAGGCCAGUUUCGCUCCAGGUUCCGAUAUCUCUGCCAUUAUUGCAGUGCGAAAGCACUGAGUAUUUUUCUGCGGAGAAACGAGUUGUGCCCCACAGUUAGCAACGGAAAUUACUGUAUGAAUAAGCAGUAGAGCAAAUUCCGAGCCGAUCAUACAUGUCUAAUUCACAAGAAACACAGAGCAGAGGGUCGGACUUUAGAGGUGGUAGGGAGGAUGAAGUGGUGGAGCAGAUGUACGAGGCAGCCGACAAGAUGGGGGAAGAGAUGCUUAUUGGGUUUGAUGGGAAUUUUGAAUACCGACGGGUUGGAGUAGGUAGAGCUGAGGAAGGCGAAGUAGGUACUACCGAGCAUAUCGAGGUAGAGACUGCUGCGCAGGCAGAAGUAGGCAUUGCCGAUCAAGGUGAGGUAGAUACUACCGAGCGUGGAGAGGUAGGCACUGCCGAGAAUGGGGAGUUAGGUACUGCCGAGCAGGGUGAUUAGGCACUGCCGAUCAAGUGGAGGUCGGUGAUGUGUGGUCGGCUGAUGAGUAUCCGAGCACUAUAACCCGACAGAGGUUACGACGGCUGAGGGAGGAAUACUCAAUUCCGAGCAGUAUAAGACUCCGAGCACCGACCAAGAAUGAGAACCCGAGCACAACCCCCUUUCGUUGGGUGACUUUGUGUGCUGAAAUGUUGAAGCAAGGGGUUCGGCUACCACUAUCUCCGUUCUUGCAGUAGUGGAUUGCUCGGCUUGGUGUAGGUACUCAUCAGAUGAACCCCAACGUGUACAGGACUAUGGUAGGCGUCCAGGCGACGAGUGCAUGGGUCAGAGCCGACCAUAAACCAAAUGUUGCACUGUUUCUUACUGAAGAGGAGUCCCAAUCAGGUCGGCUUCUGGUACCUUUAGAGUGCGGUGGGAAAAAUGAUAGAGAGCAACCCCUCUUCCCAAAAGACAUGGAAACCGCACUGGUUCUACGCCUCGGGGGCCAGGUCUGAUGUAGAAUUGGGGCGAGCCCAUCUAUCAACUACCGAGCAUGAGCAGGUUGAGGAAGUUCUUGCGUUGCCGAGCACGGAGAGAGCGGCAGACAUUCUUCUAGCGAGUGAAGGGCUAAGCGAGUCAAUAGGGAUGAGGCCAAACCGAAACGACCAAAAUAUGCAGGCAAUGCCGAAGAAGCUGGCCAAGGGGACUUCAAGAGGGUCGGCUGGGGGUUCACAACCUGAUCGGGUGGAUGGAUCUCCACAAAUGUCAAAUGCUAGGAGCCAAGGCAGGAGAAAGGUUGCUAAGCCAGCCCGAACCGGGCAGAAGAGGGGAGCCGAGGAACCUUCACAUUGGGAAACGGGGAAGAGGCGUGCGAAGGGUGAUCCGAGGCGAGAUACAGGGAAAAGGCCAGCAAACUCAGCGGGUCGAGGGCUACUUCGACUUAAUUGAAAAAGUUGUAGAUAUGUACCCUUCUCUGGACUGGGGUUUCCUUAGAGGAGGAACUGAGGGGGCCGAGGGCCAAGGCGAU